AUAUAUAUUAUACGAAUUGUUUACAUUUUGUUUUAGUAAUUAACAAAUGAAAGGUGGUUUCGUAUAAAUUGUACUCACAAUGGAAAAAAUUCUGUUCGAACUAAAACAUUUACUGAAAACGUUUGUUUGCUUUAUAAUUGCCUGUCUUCUGCUUCCAGCUCUUUUAAUAUCAUUUAUCUGUGUUCACUAUAGUAAUGAAAUUGUAAAUUAUGUACUCUCCAUUAAGUACCCAGGAUUGACAAUAUCAAAAUCAAAACAAAUACGUACACUGAUCGAUACUCCACGAAACGCUGGAAUCUUUCACUUUCUCCUAAAAGUUAAGGGAAGUUGCGAGUUUGAAAAAAUCAAAGAAUACUAUGCCUCUAACCUGACAGACAGACGUGAUAAAGCUGGAUUUUUAAGGUUUCCAAAAUUAAGACAAAGAUUAGUUGCAUGUUGGGGCCACUAUGCCUGGGUUAAUGAUAGCAGCUCAUUUAAUAUUAACAAUCACAUCUUAAUGGCGUCAAGAACUUUUAGAGGUCGACCUGUAAAUGAAACAAAUAUAGAAGAUUAUAUAUCGGAUUUAGCUACAAAGUAUAUACCAUCCGACCUGCCGCAAUGGCAAGUUUUAAUAAUACCAACGUUUGCCGUUGAUCAAAAUACAGGUGGCUGUCAAGUUAUUCAAAAUGAUCAUUAUUAUGUUUUGAUUAAAGUUCAUCACUUGAUAAUAGCUGAAGAAGAGGAUUUACACAUAAGCGAAAUACUAAUGCUUCACGAUGUUCAACGUAGAGCUGUCAUUGAUAUUGGUAAAUUAGGUAGCACUGCUAACCAUCCAGAACUGUCACAUUUUGUGUGUAAGCCAGUGCAUAUUUCAAAAUUGUGCCAUCAUUUGCUUAAUGCCUUACUUAAUUGGUGGAACGCUUUUAUAUAUGAAUUUGAGUCAUUGGAGAUGCCUGAUGGCUAUAGAAAUGCACACAUUGGAAAUAUUAGACAGCUGUUAUCGGUAUGUCUUAUUAUAGUUGUUAACACCGUUUUAAAGUAUUUUGAAAAAAUUAAAAUACACAAUAAAUUGAAGAGAAGAAAUUCUCCCUUCACUGAGAAUUGCAGCAAGUUUUCAAUAUUUUCAGAACUGUUGAUGAAAGAAAUUGAGGAACGUGAAUUAUCUUGGCAAGUGGUGCAAAAUGUGGCAGGAUCCUCUUGUUGGCCGCCUAACAUCCUGAAAUUUUUAACUAAAUUAAUAUGGUAUAUAAAUAUAAAUUGCUUUUAUCGUUUUCCUUACCUUUUGUAUUGUGAGUUUUGGGCUUUGAGAGACUUACUAUUCUUCGGUAUAACAAAACGAACCGCGACACUUUGUAAUUGCUUAGCUGUUUAUCUACCAUUGACUAUUUAUGCCCAUAUGGAGUUUUUAAAAAUAUGCUAUGAGCUUUACAAAGCCCCAGUUAAUAUAUUUGAGGAACUAUUUGAGAAUCCUUCAAAAGAAACGAAUAUAUUACACAAAAAGUCAUAUUCUGGGCGCAAAAUAAUAACUUUCACAAAAUCAAUUAGUGCAUUGGAUUUACGCCAUCGAAUUGAUUUCAAUAAAGAAUUAAGAGAGUCUGAUUUCGUUUUAGCUUGUCUUGCAGGUGCUCUAAACGAUUACUUUCAUACCUUCAAUGACAUUGCAACGGUGCCCAUUAUGCUGAACACUACUUGUCGGACAAUUGAAAAAGGUUACUUUACUGAGAGAUUAUGCGAUGAAAUUGAACAUAUCGGAGGUGCAGUUUUCCUGUCAUUACCAUUAAGCGAACCUGACAAGUUGCAAGUUAAUAAAGUAAACGAGAUAGUGAAAAAAAUACGCGAUAAGCAGAUUAUGAUAUAUCUGGCUUCAAUGGGGCAGACAAGAUUCAAUAUACUUACAUCUCUAAUUCCUCGCAUACUAACUAAGAUCUUCAUCAACUAUUUCUCGUUUAAUUUUCCAGUAACUAUAACAGAAAUUCAUGGCAAGAACUCUGAUUUUCAAACUAUUUGGGGUCAAACCGUAGAGGAUGUCUUAUUAUUUCGGCCACCACAAUCAAAAACAUCCUUAUCUUUGAACAUUCAUCGUUUCGGCGAUAAAUAUCGUUUGGCAAUAAUGGCGGACACACAUCUGGCUCCAAACCACACCGAAAUAUCUCGAGCAUUUGAGCAUUAUAUGGAAAAUACAAUUUUUAAACAUUAA